GACACGAGCUCUCUGCAUGGCUGAUUCUGAUGGUGAUGGUCAAUCGAAUGGCGUUGAACUCGGUGAUCCAGGUUGUGUGUGGACUCGGGGCGCGACACCUACGGAUCGACCAACUGGACAUCCAGGCAUCUGUGAAAACUGGAGAACACCACUAUGUAGGACGAGAAACUCAAACCUAUUCAAUUGCGCGUCUACUGGUUUACAAUGCCCUGCCAUCAGUGCUCAAGGUGUACAGCAAAAACAAUUUAGGAUGCCAAGAACAACGAUACCAGCAACAGCUUUCUCAUACAUGUGUGUCAACCUUGAGUUUCCAACAGAUCGUGAUUAUCAUAUUAUAGCGGACACGGGAAUUCUCGACAAUCAGAACGCAGUGCAUCAUAUGAUUUUAUUUGCGUGUUCAA